AUGGCGGCAGAUGCACUAAAUCUGGUUGAGAAUUUUACGGCAAUUAGAGGUACCACGCGUGGCCAUCAACUAUUCAUAAAGGCAAGUGGGCGAAAAGUUCAAAACUGUGGUAGCAAUGGUGGUGUGGCAGGAGGAGGUGUUGGUGGAGGAAGUAAAAUAGGUGGAGAUGCUGGCUCUGAUACAGCUGGUGGUGGAAACGUUGACAAAAGAGGUAACGUAGGUAGUGGUAGUGGAGGUACUGGAAUUGGUGCAGGUGGAAGAGGUAGUAUAGGUGGUGGUGCAGGAGGAGGUGUUGGAAGUGGCGAAGGCGCUGGUGUAGGAGGUAACGUAGGUGGUGGUACAGGAGGAGGUGUUGGUUUUGGUGCAGGUGGAGGCGUAGGUGGAGGAGGUAGUAUACGUGGAGAUGGUAGUGCUGGUGCCGGUGGAAGUGGAAGCAUAGGUGGUGGUGUAGGAGGAGGUUCUGGUUUUGGUGGAGGAGGUAAUGUAGGUGGAGGUGCUGGUUUUGGUGCAGGUGCAGGAGGAGGUGGGGGUAAUGGUGGAAGAGGCAACAUAGGUGUAGGUGGUGGUAAUGGUGCAGGUGGAAGUGGAAGUGUGAGUCAAGGUGGUAACAUCGGAGGUGGUGCAGGAGGAGGUGCUGCAAUUGGUGGAGGGAGUAACAUUGGUGGAGGUGCUAGUGGAGGAGGAGGAGAAGGAGGAGGGGGUAAUGUAGGGGGUGGUGCAGGAGGAGUUAUUGGAAUUGGUGGAGGAGCAGGAGGAGGUGCUGGUGUUGGUGGAGGUGGAAGUGUUGGUGCAAGUGGAGGAGGUAACAUAGGUGGUGGUGUAGGAGGAGGCUCUGGUGCAGGUGGAGGAGCUAGCAUAGGUGGUGGUGUAGGAGGAGGUGUUGUUGGUGGUGGAAGAGGUAACAUAGGUGGAAGUGGAAAUACUGGUGCGAGUGGAGGUGGAAGCGCCAAUGCAGGUGGUGGUGUAGGAGGAGGUACUGGAAUUGGUGGAGGUGCUGGUGUUGGUGGAGGAGGUAACAUAGGUGGAGGUGCUGGGGGAGGUGGAAGUGCUAAUACAGGUGGAGGAGGGAGCAUAGGUGGUAAUGGUGGUAUUGGUGCAGGUGGAGGUGGAAGUCUUGGUGGAGGAGGUAACAUAGGUGGUGGUGCAGGAGGAAGUGGAAGUGCAGGAGGAGGUGCUGGUGUUGGUGGAGGUGCAAGUGCGAGUCAAGGUGGUAAUAUAGGUGGUGCAGGAGGAAAUAUAGGUGGUGCAGGAGGAAGUGCUGGAAUUGGUGGCGGAAGUAACACAGGUGGAGGUGUAGGAGGAAGUGCAGGUGUUGGUGGAGGGGGUAACAUUGGUGCAGGUGGUGGAGGAGGAGGCAAUAUUGGUGGUGGUGCAGGAGGAGCUGUUGGAAUUGGUGGAGGAGCCGGAGGAGGUGCUGGUGUUGGUGGCAGUGGAAGUGUUGGUGCAAGUGGAGGAGGUAACAUAGGUGGAGGUGGAAGUUCCAAUGUAGGUGGUGGAGGUAAUGUGGGUGGUGGUGGUGUAGGAGGAGGUAGUAUAGGUGGUGGUACAGGUGGAGGUGGAAGAGUUGGUGCAGGUGGUGGUGUAGGUGCAGGUGCAGGAGGAGGUGUAGGAGGAAGUGCUGGUCUUGGUUCAAGUGGAGGAGGAGGUGCUGGUCUUGGUUCAAGUGGAGGUGGAAGUGUUGGUGCAGGUGGAGGAGGUAGCGUAGGUGGCGGUGUAGGAGGAGGUGUUGGUGGUGGUGGAAGAGGUAACAUAGGUGGAAGCGGUAGUAGCGGUGCGAGUGGAAGUGGAAGUACCAAUACAGGUGGUGUAGGAGGAGGUGUUGGGGGAGGUGGAAGUGUUAAUACAGGUGGAGGAGGGAGCAUAGGUGGUGGUGCAGGAGGAGGCGGUGGAAUUGGUGGAGGUGGAGGAGGAGGUACUGGUGGAAGUACAGGUCUUGGUACCGGUGAAGGUGGAAGUGUUGGUGCAAGUGGAGGAGGAAGCAUAGGUGGUAGUGUAGGAGGUAGAAGUGGUGGUAUUGGUGCAGGUGGAGGUGGAAGUGGAAGUGUUGGUGGAGGAGGUAACAUAGGUGGCGGUGCAGGAGGAAGUGGUGGAAUUAGUGGAGGUGUAGGAGGAGGUGCCGGUGUUGGUGGUGGAGGUAACAUUGGUGGAGGUGGUAGUGUUGGUGCAAAUGCAGGUGGAAGUGGAGGAGGGAACAUAGGUAGCAGUGCAGGAAGUGGUGGUGGUGGUAGAGGUAACAUAGGUGGAGGUGGAGUAGGUAACAUAGGCGGUGGUGUGGGAGGAGGUGGAAUUAGUGGAGGUGCAGGUGGAGGUGGAAGUGGAAGUGUUGUUGCAAGUGGAGGAAGCAACGUAGGUGGUGAUGGUGGUUGUGGUAUCAGCGCAGGUGGAGGAGUAAGUGUUGAUGUUGAUCACUAA